GAUCUAUCCUCUGUCCUUUUUCCUCUCCCUACACUCAGGCUGGACAAAGAUCUGCAUGGCUCUGGAGGGACCUAACACGGAUGGCGAAGGGCCCUGGAAUCAAGGAAAGAUGCCGGACCUCCAGAGUUUGGGCACUCUGUGUGUGUGUCUCUGUCACUCUCCCUUAACCCACUGGCACUGACCCUUUCCAGGGGUUGCUUUCCGGCUGAUCAAAGUGUUAUCCCAUUCUAGUCAUAGUCUCACCUAGCCAAGUUCUGGGAUCCUGGGAAGCCUAAAUUCCAAAGAGCUCGCCGCCCGCCACUCGCCUCUUUCCAUGGAAGCCCAAGGCUGCGCUCCAAGAGCAGGUUUGGACUUCAGUGCCCGGAGACUGCGGAUUAGGCUCUGACACCUGCCCUUCUGUCCGGUCUCGCACCCGUACCUGCGUGUCUCUUUUCUUCCUCUUCAACAGAUUCAGAUAUUCAAUUGCAGUUUAAUAAAUCCAGUUACGAGAGAGGACUCAGUUUUGUGAAGGGAAUCUGCCCCGUUCCCAUCCCAAUGACAGUCCCAAUCUCUUUGCCCACUUGGCCCUAGCUUCAUUGUGUGUCUUGUGGGGAAGGGACACCCUGGAGCAGGGGAAGUAGAGACAAAGAGAGUGGGGAGUGGACGUUCUAGGUUUCCCAGCAACGCCUCAGGGGAAGUGUCACGAGGUGCGGAAGGAGCCCAUAUCCCCCUCCCCUCAGUUUAAACGAACCCGGGAGUCGGGAUCGAAAAGGGAAGGAGGGAGAAAGAAGCUGAACCCCUGCCCCUCCCCUCUUCUCCCAUUUCUUCACCGCCAAGGCGCCUUUAAGCCCGUUCUCCCUAUGAUCCCCACGGGCGGAGCACUGCUGUGGGCCCUCUGGUUGAUCCUAGGGGCCCGGGAGGUGGCAGCCAGGGCCAUUGUCGGGAGCCAGGCCAAAGCAGGUUGGGCUGGUGGCAGCGAAGGGGACACCGUCCCAGCGGGGAUCCUGAACAAGGUCUGGCCCAACAGCGUGAAAAGGGAUGAAUAUGAUUUGGUUAGGAAAAUGGUAAAUACGCCGGAAGGGGAGGAAGACUACUCGGCCGAAGCUGAUAAACUGGCUGCCCCAGCUGCUGCCGAGCUCCUGUCCGCCUCCGUGGCCUCAGUACCUGGGAACAGGGAAGUUCAGGGUCAGGAUGAGGACCAGCAGCCUGAGGAGCAGAAGGGAGACCAAGAAAGUGACGAUGAUCUAGAGCAGGAGGAGAACGAGGACCAGCAGCAAGACCUUGACCAGAUGGAGCAGCUAAAGCAGUAUUCUGAAGACUCAGAACGGGAUCAGGAUCAAGGGCAGGGAGUGGAGCAGGAACAGAACCAAGAGCAAGGCCAGAUGCAGGAAAUAGAGGAGGAAAGGCAGCAAGAGCAGGAAAAGGAGUUUGAGGAACAGAGGCAAGGACGAGAGGGAGACGGCCAAAGGCACUGGGAGGAAGAGGAGCAGCAGCAAGUGCAGGCACAGCAGGAACAGAUGGAGAAGGAGCAGACUGAGGGGCAGGCUGAGGAGCAGGAGCAGGCUGAGGAGCAGGAGCAGGCUGAGGAGCAGGAACAGGCAGAGCUUCAGCUUCCAGCGCUGGGGCAGAUUCAGAAGCAAGUGCGGGUGCAGCCUCAGAUUCAGAAGCCCGAGGAGGAGAAGCAGGAGGAGACUGAGGAGCAGGAGGAACAGACUGAGGAACAAGCACAGCCUCUGCAUAGAGCGCUGGGGCAGAUUCAGAAGCAGGUGCGGGUGCAGCCUCGGCUUCAGAAGCAGGUGAGGGAGAAGCAGGAGGAGCAGGAGCUGACGGAGGAGCAGGAACAGACAGCGCCUCAGUUUCCAGCGCUGGGACAGAUUCAGAAGCAGGUGCGGGUGCAGCCUCAGAUUCAGAAGCCGGAGGAAACUGAGGAGCAGGAGGAGACUGAGGAGCAGGAGGAGCAAGAACAGACACAGCCUCAGCUUCCAGCGCUGGGGCGGUCGGAGGUGCAAGAGCAGAUGGAGGAGCAGGAGCAGACGGAGGAACAGGAGCAGACGGAGGAGCAGGAGCAGACCGAGGAGCAGGAGGAGCAGGAGCAGACGGAGGAGCAGAAGGAGCAGGAGCAGGAGCCGACGGAGGAGCAGGAGGAGCAGGAGCAGACGGAGGAGCAGGAGGAGCAGGAGCAGACGGAGGAGCAGGAGGAGCAGGAGCAGACCGAGGAGCAGGAGCAGACCGAGGAGCAGGAGCAGACCGAGGAGCAGGAGCAGACCGAGGAGCAGGAGCAGACCGAGGAGCAGGAGCAGAAGCAGACGGAGGAGCAUGAGCAGGCACAUCCUCAGCUUCCAGCGCUGGGGCCGAUGCAGAAGCAGGAGCAGACGGAGAAGCAAGAGCAGCAGGCUAGGGCACAGCCUCAGUUUCCAGCGCUGGGGCAGACUGAGGAGGAGGAAGAGCUGACUGAGGAGCAAGAGGAGGAGCAGACUGAGGAGCAAGAGAAGGAGGAGCAGACUGAGGAGCAGACUGAGGAGGAGCAGACUGAGGAGCAAGAGGAGGAGCAGACUGAGGAGCAAGAGAAGGAGGAGCAGACUGAGGAGCAGACUGAGGAGGAGCAGACUGAGGAGCAAGAGGAGGAGCAGACUGAGGAGCAAGAGAAGGAGGAGCAGACUGAGGAGCAGACUGAGGAGGAGCAGACUGAGGAGCAAGAGGAGGAGCAGACUGAGGAGCAGGAGGAGGGACAGACUGAGGAGCAGGAGCAGGAGCAGCAGGAACAGGCUCAGCUUCCAGCGCUGGGGCAGCUUGAGAAGCAGGAGCAGGAAGAGCAGGAGCAGAAGGAACAGGCACAGCCUCAGAUUCAGAUUCGGGCGCUGGAGCACAUUCCAGAGCAGGAGGAGCAGGAGGAGCAGGAGGAGCAGGAGGAGCAGGAGGAGCAGGAGCAGGAGGAGCAGGAGCAUCAGGCACAGCCUCAUAUUCAGAAGCAGAAGCAAGAGCAGAUUAAGGAGCAAGAGGAAGAGAAGCAGGAGCAGCAUCAUAAGGUACAGAAGAAGAAGCAUGUACAGAAGCCAGCACAGCAGGCAAGGAUGAGUCUAGACCCUGGGCCUAGGAAUAAGAACUUACUACUUUACCGCCGCCUGGGGCUUAAGGCCCUUGAGCCACCACCACCUUCCCCAGAACAGCUUUCCAGCCCAAGGACGGCUCUGGCUCCCACUCUGCCUCGACACAUGCAGCUAACACUGCUCACCUGGGGGCCGUGGCAGUGUCACUGCACCGAGGGUACCAUGACCCGUGUACGGGGCGGAAAGAUUUUGGGUUUCACUGGACAUCUCCGAUCUGGAGCCCUAGGCCGCCUGCACACCCAGAGCCUGCCCUGCACCUAUGCCCGAUGUGGCUGUAGCCAAGAGAAGAAAGAAUGCCCCUUAGACAACCCCCCAUGCCCCUCCUCCUCUACUGCCUGCAAGUACCACGAUUCCCUGUCUCCAGUGGAGAGGCAGGAGAACGCUGUGAAUGACACAGCAUUUUGGAAGCAAGUCCGAGAGGGGCUGGAAGAAGUUUGGGUAGGACUGCAGACCCUAGUGACCAGAAAAGGAUAAAGAGAAAAAUCAGAAGUGAUGGCCACCCCAUGUCCAGCCCCAGAGGAUGAGGAAGGGGUGUCAGCAUUCUAAUCUCUUUGUCCUUUCUACCUCUAACUUUCCACAUCCUAUAGACAACUUUCAUAAAGCAGUAAAGUCUGUUCAUAAAAACAAAACAAAACAAAACAACUUUUAAUUUUUUUAUCUCAUUGAAAGGGUGGUUGGGUCUAGAAGAGGACAGAGACAUACUUUCCUAGAAAAGAAUCAAGAAUUUCUGUAGCUUCUUAUCCCCUGCUUCCUACUCCCAAGUUAUUCCUUAUGGAAUGAAAUAAUGUUACUUAUUUUCUCCCUUUUUUCUGCAAUGAGUAAAAAUUCUGACAGACUAGGUUCUGGGUAGAAAAAAUUCAUUUCUUGGUCAGGCUAGCAAUAACCAAUAAAUGAAUUAGUUCAUGAUCUCUCUCAGUGAUCAAAUUCAUUCAGCAUCCCAAGUCAUUAAAUAUAAUUUUGGGAGCUCAUUAUUCAGCCCUCCCCUACACAGCCACUAGGACAUCUCUGGUGGAUAUCUAAUGAGAAAGUUAAUCUUUUCCAGGCCCUCCCAGAUCCCCUCAUGAUGAUGGGAGAAAAUCACAUGCCUAUCAUAGAAUUCCAACAUCCCUGCUGAUCUAGAUUAAGAAAUCAAGUUAGGUCUAGCCAAGACUGACUUUCCCCCUGCUCAUCCUUUAGGGGACACCAACAUUUCCUCCAUCCCCACCCAGGACAUAUUUGGCCAAAAUGAGUUUUUGUUUACUAGACAAGAUGAAAUUUAUAUUUUCAGUCAUAAACUAAAGAGGCUUACAGAGGGAAUAGAUAGUAAAACUAUACUAGUGGAGGAUCUCAACCUUCUGCUAUCAGAACUAGAUAAAUCUAACCAAAAAAUAAGAAAGAAGUGAAUGAAAUUUUAGAAAAGUUGAAUUAAUAGAUAUCUAGAGAAAGUUGAGUAGGGAUAUAAAGGAAUAUGCCUUUUUAUAUUCUAGGUUUUAAUUACCUCAAUUUUAGAAGCUGCUCUGGGACAGGGAAUGUGAGAGCAUUCCUAGGAUUAUCAGGACAAAAGAAUGGGGGGAAAGGCUUGGAAAAUAUAUUACAGAGCUCUAUCAGAAAUUAAAUAAUGCAUUAGUAAGAAUAAAUCUUCUCAUUUUCAAGCUAGUUUUUUAAUUAUCAGAAUCUAGUUCAAUCUAAAAUCAAAGGGAAAAAAGUAGAGAAUAGGAGAGUCAAGGAAUCAUGGCCAUCCUUUCCUCUGACUCCAUUCUGUCUAGCCCUUCUCUAAGAUAGGAGGUGCCCAAUUUGACUUGUUCCUUACCCUAAGUAUACUCCAAGAAGAGCCUCCUAAUCCCACCCACCCAGAUACAACAUUCCCUCCCCAACCCCCCACCCCCAUAGACCAAUCCCCUAUAAAAAUCCAUCUGAAACAUUUUGCUGGAGAAUUUUUUUUUAUUUGAAAAAAUGUAUUUAAUAAAGUCUGGCAGUUUUUUUU